UGGCUGUCACUUUGCCUGCGCAGCAGCGAGGAGUAAGCUGAACGAGCAGCUGAGGAAGGCAAAGUGUGUUGAGCUGGCCACACUCAGCGUCAGCUGAGUGCGGUAGUGGAGCUGUGCAGAGGAGCACGGAGGUUACGCCUGUGAGCAAAGAUUCGGAGUGAGAGCAGUGUGUGGGCUUCAGGCUCAGGAUGAAAACCGUGUUCAAGAUGAAGAUAUGGAGGCUGGAGGCCCUGCUGGCCUUUUGGGGCCUGAGCAUUUGGGGCCUCUAUCUCCUUGGGGUGCCAUGCACCCCUUACUUUCUGGUCCUACCUGUUCUGACCAGCCUUAUAGCCAGGAUACACAACACCAAGGCCACGGACACCUCUGGGAAGAAGAUGAGCUUGAAAGGCAGGAGGAAGGAGCGGAGAGGUGAGCAGCCCCAUCCCAGAGCUGCACCAGGCUCUGCAGCAGCUUCUGGCCAUGAGUUGCCACUGCCGCCUGGGUCCCCACAGUGGCAGCCCUGGCUCAUUCUCAGUCGUAUUUCUACCCCAACAGUUUCUUCACGAUCCUGGCAUGAUGUGGAGGUGUCUGCAAACAAUCUGCUAGCAGGCUCCCCCCCCAACCUGUUGAGAACACAAGGAAAAGGACAGAGUAGAAGCAACAUCCAAAGUGUAGCUGCCUCUGCAACGCAUUUGCCAUGGGAGACAUCAGCUGGCCAUGAAGGAAGAACUUUUGGGGCCACAAGCUCAGAAUUCAACAGGAUCCGGCCCUCUGUCAUGAAUAUGCAAGAGAUCUCCAGAUCCCUGAUGGAGUCCCUGGACACCAGAGAAAUCUGCCAGGACCUGCUGGGCAAAAUGAACGAAAUUAAAGAGACUGACGCCCAAGACUUGCGCAGAGCACUGAAUAAGGUAUUCCCUGUCUGCCUGAAGUGCCGUCGGUGUCUCACUAGCAGCUGUCCGCACCACAGCAAGACUGCAGCAACCCAUGCCGUGCCCAUGCUGACCAUCUUCAUCCACUCCCUGGACAUCCUGGUGUAUGAGGAGGAGAUGAAGCUGAAGGUGGGGCUAGGCUUUGAACUGGCUGUCUUUGGGAAGGUGGUACACGAAUGGAAGAAAAUCAUGGAGCUACCCAAAACUACUGGUAAUGAAGAAUGCUGUGAGGAAUGCUGUGAGGAAUGCUGUGAGGAAUGUGGUGAGCCUCUGCCUAGGGACACACAAGAGGGAUCGAGCCUGCAGAAGAGACCAAGCAGGAAGGAGGGAAGGGAUCCUAAAGCAAAUCAGCGUGGGACACACUCCACAGUCGCUAGAUCUGUGGCUCUGCAUGCAGCAGGACAGGGGAACUUUCUCCACACCCCAAAUCCCAUGUGGCCUCUGCCCCCAUGGGCACAGCCACCUUCCCCAGAUGCACUUGACCGGCUGCAGAGAGCUGGGAUGGAGCCACUGCCACAGGUGAUAUACGUGGGCCUAGGUCGAUGUGGCUUGGUGCAGUGUCUCCGGCGCUCCUGGGGACGGAUUAAGAACAGAGUGUGGAGAAACACUCGAAGAACGACCAUCCGGCUUCAGAAAAGAAAGAAUUUGGGACGUGCUGGCCCCAUGGCAAGGGACCAGCUGAUGUCACUUGAGAUGAUUGCGCUCUCCCACACCAUGUCGAUCAUGGUGUAGGGAGAGGCAGCAAUAAAAGAUACAAGAACGCGUUGGUGUGGCUGGGAGUUUUAUUUGAGAACCCCUUUUAUUGCUGGUGCUCCCUGCACCAUAGUUGUGGUGUGGAAGAGCUCAUUGAUCUCAAACGGCAGAUAUACAUAAUGCACACCAGGUAAACAUGAGAAUCCUGUAACCGAAUGGCCUGUCCCGAAUGGCAAGUGGUGGUACUGGCUACGUGGCCAUAAAGCCAGGAAGGCGUUGCCCCUAGGAUAGAAGGGAGCUUGCACCCUGGGGGCAAUAAUUCCAAAUGUAACUAUUAUUGAAGACCCACACGCAGAAUUGAAAAGCCAAAGCCCCUUGAGACCACACACAGAAUUAAGAGGACUCCAGAUAAUCCUCUAGUAAAAAGAAACAGGGCAUUUCACAGUUUUGCAAGGUGGUUUUUACCUUGGUUAGGGGUGAAUGAAUUGGAAAAAGGUAUUGUAAAUAUCUCAGCUAUAAUUGAAGAACUGGAAAAUAACACUGGAUGCAGUCCAGGCACUACAAAAGGAGGUAACAAGUUUGCAAAAAUAGUACUCCAGAAUCGAAUGAUAUUAGAUUUAUUACUAACCUCACAAGGAGGAGCGUGCACUGUAAUUAAUGCUAGUUGCUGUAUGUAUGUAGAUCAAAUGGGACGAAAUUGACUGAUCUCAAAAAUAUUUGGGAAAAAAAAAAAACCAAGAUCCUACAUAGGGUGGCUCAAGAUGACACUUCCUGGGGAUUUAGAAACAUCUGGGAGAAACUAACAUCGUGGUUACCUGAAUGGAAUUGGCUCAAAUAACUAUUUGUUAGUAUUAUAAUACUAAUGGCAUUGUAUAUCUGUCAUCCCCCGUGACACCUGAAGAAGAAUAUUGCGCCUUAAUGUUGGAAAAACUCGAGAGUGGGAUAUGUGAAGAGGAGCAAA